GAGAGGAGGAAGGAGACAAGACAAUGAGUGUCUCUUUGAGUGUGAUGACAUUCAAUCUCCAUGAUGAUCAACCUGAAGAAAGCCCUAAUUCAUGGCAGAAAAGAAAGGAUUUGUGUCUCAGUGUUAUCACCAGUUACUCCCCCAUCGUUCUCUGCACCCAACAGGGUGUGAAGUCGCAGUUGGAUUAUCUUCAGCAGGGCUUGCCAGCCUAUGACCAAUUUGGCAUAUCAAGAAACGGUCCUCAGGAUGCCACUGAUGAAUCCUGCACCAUCUUCUACAACAAGGAAAAAGUCGAGCUGCUAGAGGGUGGAACUUUCUGGUUGUCGGAGUCUCCCUCGGUCCCUGGAAGCACGGCUUGGGGUUCUGAAGUUCCUUGUAUAGCUACAUGGGCCAUAUCC